AUGACAGGUAUUGACGAUCUCUUUAAGAAACCCUCGCUACCCAGCAAACGAAAAUUAGAGGUCAACAAUGAUGCCAAUGUGGCAUACAAAGCGAGCAAGUUGAGCCCCGAUGCAGAUGUCAAACAUAACGGACAUGCAAUCGUAGAGGAUGGGUUGGAUCAAGACGAUGUUGAGGCAGGACCAGAUUUACCUGCCGAGGAAGAUGACCAGGUGGAUGAAGAAGACGGCCGGUUUUUUGGAGGAGGAGUCACCAAGAAUACAAGCCAAGCUCUGAAUUACAUCAACGAACAGGAUCAAGAUGGCGAGCCACUUGAAAAAAUCGAUAUCGCGUGGCUGCGGAAGAUGGCUGUCAAUUUCGAAAAGAAGAUAAAUAAGAACGCGGAACUGAGGGCGAAGUUUGAGGAUGCACCACAGAAGUUCAUGAGCUCAGAAGCAGAUCUAGAUGCAGAUGUCAAAGCAUUGUCAAUCUUGUCCGAGCAUCCACAGCUCUACAGGGAAUUUGUCAAGCUUGGCUGCGUCGCGUCCUUGGUGUCCCUUCUAUCGCACGACAAUACUGAUAUUGCCAUCGACGCAAUUGAGAUUAUCAAUGAACUUACAGACGAAGACGUUAAUGCUGAACAACAGCAAUGGGACAUCCUCGUCGACGCCAUGCUCGAAGCCGAUCUUCUGAAUCUGCUUUACGAGAACAUCUCACGCCUGAAUGAGGAAUUGGAAUCGGAUAGAGCCGGCACUUAUCAUGUAUUGAGCGUCUUAGAGAAUUUGUCAUCAAGACCAACGCUGGUGACGAAACUCGGAGAGGAGAAUCAGUUCGUCGAAUGGCUACUUUCACGUAUACAGGCAAGAGAGUCAAACAUAACUCAGAACACGCAGUACGCCGCCGAGAACCUUGCCAUUCUCCUGCAGUCGUCUUCUACCGUUCGAGCUAAGUUCAUUAAAUUGAAUGGUAUCGACGCCUGUUUGCAGCUUCUCAGUCCCUAUCGAAAAAAGGAUCCUGCCAAAGGCACCGAGGAGGAAGAAUUUGUUGAGAAUCUUUUCGACUGUCUCACUUGCUGUGUCGAUGACACUGAUGGGAAGAAUAACCUUCUGGAGGCUGAGGGAGUUGAACUCUGUCUGAUAAUGCUUCGGGAAGGCAAGAUAAGCCGACGAAGAGCCUUACAACUGCUGGACCACGCGCUUGGUGGGCCUAUGGGUGGCCCCUGCUGCGAACAACUCGUGGAGGCGGCUGGUCUCAAGACUACCUUUGGUCUGUUCUUGAAGGGACAGGAAAAUGAAUCAACUGAACAUCUACUUGGGAUCUUCGCCUCCAUGCUCAGAUCGCUGCCGGCCAACAGUCCGGCUAGAAUCAGGCUGUUAGCUAAAUUUGAGGAACGGAAUUGGAGAAUAAUUCUGAACCUCGUUCAGAAACGGCGUGAAGCAGCAUCAUCAAUUGCAAUGGUUGAUAAGGACAUUGAUAAUGAAAAGGCAGAGCUCUCGUUUGAGCAACGAGAUGAAAGGGCGGAUGAAUGGCUGUCGCGACGACUAGAUGCUGGCCUAACUACAUUGCAGGCCGCGGAUACUGUCCUGGCGUGGCUCGCCGCCGAGGCAGAGCGUGCCAGGACGAUGGUUGUGGACACGCUGGCGGACAGAGGCGAAGAUCUGAAGGAGAUUCGCAAGACGCUGCAAGACCAACUUGUUUUGAUGAACGCCAACCCCGAAAACGAGGAUCCAAUGGCUAAAGACAUGAUCAGUACCUUGAUCGAUUGUCUAUAA